UACGUACAUUAUUGUGAAUAAAUUUUAUGUGAAGACCUCACGUAUCAUUACAAAUCCCCUAGUGAAAACACACAUUAUUUACUUUGAGAGGACAGAGAAGUCACUAUUUAGAAGUAAUGUCCCAGCAGCAUUUUUACAACCACUUGAGAGAAUUUUAACCGUGUCACUGUUACACUAGAGUCCAGUAUUCUUGUACUACUUCCCUCCCUGCCUGUGACUGAUUUAAUUCGGUGAACAUUAGCUGUACUUGGAAAGGCUCACAGUGAUGAAUGACUUGUUUUCAUGAAGUCUAACAAAGAUGGGCGUGUGCUCCUUCAUGUUUUCUCUUAUUUUAUUGGCUGUAAGCUCGCUCUGACUCUUAUUCGUUGGUUUCAAAGGGGGGCGUUGUGAUGAAAAACGAAAACUAAUCCCCAAAAUGAGGCGUUAUCCCGGGUCUCUGCCGUUAUGUUUCGAUCCAAGAUGGCGGCCACGUAGCCCAGUUGCAGUAGCCGUUUUUGUUUCGCCGUCAGCUCUGGUGGGCGGGGUCGCUGCGGAGCUCGAGUCACAUGACCCGCGCAGAGCCAGGCUGACCAAUUCCAAUAUGGUGGCCAGCUUGGCAGGUCUACGGUUCCUGUUGAUGAUAUUGUUGUUCUGCGGGAUCAGGUUCGGCGCCUGCAGCCAGGAAGCUCCGCUGGUUCUGGGGCUCGGACUGGAAGACCCGACCAGUCUGGUGUGCAUGAAGGAUCGGAUCAUCUCAGCGCCAGAAGGAGCCACGUUCAAGCUCCGUCUCUUCGGGACUGAUCUGAAUGAAAGCUGGCCGUGGGUGGCGUUCGCUGGCGAAGCGGCCGGGGAUGCGUCCGACCCGUGCGGGAAGGAGUCCAACCGACAGGACUCUGCCUUCCAGGUGACGGGGGAGUUCACCGCGGAUGAGAAGUACAGCGGGCUCAUAACGGUCCGCGUCCAGCAGAGGAGCAUCCCUGCGGGGGCAGCUGGCAGAGAGCAGACUGACCACCACCUGUGCGUGCGGAGCGGGGGGAGGUGGGCUCCUGCGGGCCCGUACAAGCUGCGGGUAGACACCAACAAGGGUGUCCCCGCAGACCACGUCCCUCCGUGGGGUCUGGCCGUGCUGAUCGUGCUGCUGCUGCUGGUGUGCGGGCUGCUGAGGACCGUGAACCUGAGCCUGCUGUGGCUGGACCCCGUGGAGCUCUACGUCCUGCACAGCUGCGGUUCCGAGGAGGAGAAACGAGCCGCCAAGCGCCUGGAGCCCAUCAGGAGGAGGGGCAACUUCCUGACAUGCUCGCUGCUGUUCCUGUGCGCCGUGGGACACUCGGUCCUUGGGGUCCUCCUGUACCGGGCCCUCGGCUCCAUCAUCUCCGCCGUCUUCACCAGCGGCAUCCUCAUCUUCUUGCUGGCCGAGCUGGCUCCUCAUAUCCUCUGCUCUGGGUAUGGCUUCCAGAUGGCCCCGGGUCUGACCUGGCUGGCCCAGGUUUGCAUGGUGCUCACCUGCCCCCUGUCCUGCCCUCUGGGGCUGAUCCUGGACUUGGGCCUGGGGAGGGACAUCAGCACGUGUGGGAUCAGAGAGAGGGCGAUGGAGAUGAUCAGAACGAGUGUCAAUGACCCCUACAGUGAGUUUGUGAAGGAGGAGUUCAGCCGCGGGAUGCUGCGCACUAAGACGGUGGAGGACAUCCUGACCCCGCUGAAAGACUGCUUCAUGCUGCCUAGCUCUGCCGUGCUCGACUUCUCCACCAUGUCUGAGAUCAUGCAGAGCGGAUACACACGGGUGCCCAUCUAUGAGGAGGAGAGGUCAAACAUCAUUGAAAUCCUCUACGUGAAGGACUUGGCUCUGGUAGACCCUGAAGACUGCACCCCCAUGACCACCAUCACCAAAUUCUACAACCACCCACUGCACUUUGUUUUCAACGACACCAAACUGGACGCCAUGCUGGAGGAGUUCAAGAAAGGAAACUCUCACAUGGCGAUCGUUCAGAAAGUGAACAACGAGGGGGAGGGGGAUCCGUUCUACGAGGUGCUGGGAUUGGUCACCUUAGAGGACGUCAUUGAGGAGAUCAUCAAAUCAGAAAUCCUGGAUGAAUCUGACGGCUACUUGGACCGGAAAGUGAAGCGUCCCCUCCCUCCUCUGGAGAUCCCUCUAGAGCCUCGCAGCGUCCACGAGGAGUUUUCUCUCUUCAAACCUCCAGAGGGAGAACCCAAGAUCCAAACGUCACCACAACUCCUGCUGGCUACUCACCGCUUCCUGUCCAGAGAGGUGGAGCACUUCAGCCCUGCUCGAGUCUCAGAGAAGGUCUUGUUCCACUUGCUCCGUCACCCCAGCGUCAACCAGGAAGUUCACUUUGACCCAAACAACCGUCUGAGCGCGGGUCACUACCUUUACACCAGAAACCACCCGGUGGAUUAUUUCAUCCUGCUGCUGCAGGGCCGUGUGGAGGUUGAGAUCGGCAAAGAGGGGCUGAAGUUUGAGAAUGGGGCGUUUACGUACUACGGAGUGUCUGCUCUGACGCUGCCAUCCUCAGUGCAUCAGUCUCCGGUGUCGACCCAGCGCCACUCUCCCAGGGAUCCCUUUGAGUUGGCAGAAGCUACAAGCCCGUCCAGCUAUUGUCCCGACUACACCGUCCGAGCGCUCACCGACCUGCAGCUCAUACGGGUGACACGUCUGCAGUAUCUGAACGCUCUGAUGGCGUCGCGGGUGGAUCAGAGUCCCGAUCCUCCUGAGAUUAAGAUCCUUCCCAACAGUCAGACCAAGCUGCUCAACGACAGAAACACCACACAAGAACCAUAAUGAGGGAUGAAGUGUGACCCCAGGCGUCCAUAUUGGAGACUCUCAGGCAGGAGAAGAGGUGAAGAUGCUGUCUAAAGAGGAAAAAAUGCAUGUAGGUGCUCUUAAAACAGUAAGGCUAGUUAUUUAAAGUAUAACCACUAAUUGAACCACACAGUGAUGACUUGUUGGAUAGAUAUUUGUAUCUCUCAAAUGUAUAUUAAACAAAAAACUCACCAGAUAUUCUAGAUAUCUGCAUUUUGAGUAAAUUUGAGCUUAUAAACUCACCAGGAGAUGUUUUAGUCCGCACUGGUAGUGUGUGAAGUCACUUAGCGAUAGCACUCCUCACCGUUGCUAUGCAGUAACCAGUUUUUGAUUGUCAUUUGUGUUUACUCUUUAUCAUAAUGGCAUCCCAACAUGCUAAUAUAAUGUUUCUAAAUGGGUUAAUUCAUCAUUGACAGUCUGCUUGGUUAACUCCUCUGCAAACAGCGAGUAAACCACUAUAACCCUGCCAUCUUACACCGUUCUCUUCUGCGUUCAAUCUUCCGACUGGAAGUUUGGGAGCCACCUAAAGCCAAAUGCGGAAGUGAUGCUUGCAUUGAGGCCAAAGCAUUAUGUGCAAACAAAGGGAGUUUAUCAUUUUUAUAUACUUAUUUGCUACCUUUACCUGUCUUAAUGUUCAAUAAAAUAGGAACAAAGGGAGUUCCUCCAAAAAAAUGCUAAAGUGGGCUUUUACUUUGAAAAGCGAAAACCGGAAGCGUUUUUGUACUGCGUUUAUCUUCACCUGCAACAUUUUGAACCGUGUGGAAACAGAAAGCUUCAUAAAUAGUAAUAGUUUAAGAGCAACUCUAUUAACCAGAUGCAUUUUAGCUCAUAGCCUUCAUCUGGUUCAUCAAGAAACGGGUUUCAAACAUUCUAUCGAUGUGGACGUAAAUAUUUGCUACAAGGUAAAUAUGGCUCUGUAUUUAUCAUUUUACUGUCUAGUUUGACCGAUAACCACUCGUGGUGCAAGUUAAAAACAGAUGAGACCUCAAAUCUCAAAUUUCUCCGUGCAUGAGAGGAGAAGCAUCUUUACAGCGUGUGAGAUGCUGCCCUAACAAUGGCUGCCAGUCUGAAGCAGCGGUUACUGCGUAGCAACGGCUAAGUGACGGCACACUACCAGUGCGAACCAAAACAUGGCGGCCUCCUGGUGAGUGUUUAAGCUCAAAGUACUUAAAAUGCAGACAUCUAGUGAUGUGUUUAGUUCUGUAUACCUAAUAGAUAUACAAAUAUCUAUUCAAUAAGGUGAAUUUGUCUGAUCCUGCAGGGUUCCUUUAAAAAAAGACCUAGCAUACAUUCAAAAGGUAACUGCAACUUAGGUUGAGCCAGUACUGC